CAGAAGAGAGUACUGAAGAGUGUGAAGCCAAUGCUAGAACCACUUUUAGUUUGGAUUUGGCAGAAGAGAGCACCAAAGACUUUGAAGAGUGUGAAGACAAUUCUAGAACCACUUUUAGUUUGGGUUUGGGGUAUGAAGAUAAGGUUGGGCCAGCUCUUAGUUUGCUAGAAAGUAAUAAUUGUGUGGAUUCAAGUUUGGAAGUAAGUGAAGAUAUUCAUGAACCUUUAGGUUUAGAAUUAGGGAUAGUAAAAGAUAAUAGUUGUAUGGGUUUGAAAGUAAGUGAAGUUAAUACUGGAUCUACUUUUGGUCUGGAAUUAGAAUUGGAAGAUGGUAUGGAUCUGGAAGCAAGUGAGAAUAAUUCUGGGCCUGUCUUGGGGCUUGAAUUAGGGUUGGCAAAAAAUAAAGGUGGUUUAGGUUUGGAAGUAAGAGAAAAUAGUAAAAGUUUAGUAAAAAGUAAUGGUAGUGUAAAUUUGAAUUUGGAACUAGCAGAAAGUAGAUCUAGUGUGGCAUCAGAUUUUGGAUUAGAUUCUGUAUAUUCAUUAAGUUUUAAAAAAGAUAACAUUACUGAGUUGUAUAUUGGCUUACAAUUUGAAUCUUGGAAAGCUGCUGAAUAUUACAUAAAGGAGUAUAGAAGAAAAAAGGGGUUUGCAGUUAAAAAAUAUCGUAUUCAAUUCUCAGCCGACCAAUUAUAUAUCAAUUUAAGCAAACAUGAAAAUAACGAUGAUAUAUACAUGACUUUUGUAAAGCUUGUCUAUAAUCAUGAAUUAAUUGCCGAUAAUUCAAAGUUUGCUACAACAUUCCAAAAAUUUGAUCAAGCCAUAAUGUUAGAAAUUAAACGUGCUGUAAUUUAUGGUCAUUGUGAUGUAUACACCAUAAGGAACUUAUUACAACCAUUAUUUCCUGAUCAACUUUUUCUUACCCAAGAUCUCUUGAAUACUAUACAAAAAAUAAAACAUAAAAAAAAUAUUGCUGGCUCAGACGCCUCUCAAUUAUUAAAGUAUCUUCUUGAAAACCCAAAAAAAGAGCCUAUGAUAUUUAUACAACCUCUUAUUAAUAUGGAUAGUGAUAGAUUAUAUGGUAUAUUUUGGAUGACAGAGAACCAAAUUAUGUUGUGGACCCGUUACUCAGAUGUUAUUUUACAUGAUAACACCUCAAGAACUAAUAAAUAUAACUAUCCUUUAUUAUUGUUUAUACUUGUUGAUAAUGAUGGAAAAUCACAGUUAGGGGCACAAGCCUUUAUAAAUAAUGAGAUACAAGAAAGUUAUGAGUGA